AUUAUUAUAACAUGUGUUAUUAUAUAUGACAAUUUUUUAAUUUGUACUGAACUGAACAUGUGAAGUCCUUUGGUUGUCUCCCUAUAUUAUAUACAUAUGUAGAGUGUAUAUAUACAUGUUUCUCAUUGGUUUGCAGAUGCAUAUGUGGGGACAUGGAUCUCAAUAUAGGAAGGGGCCUGAUUCUCUAAAAGGAACACAACCAUCAGCUAUGCUAAGGCUUCCAUGCUUUUGUUGUGCACCAGGUUGCAAGCACAACAUUGACCACCCAAGAGCGAGGCCUCUCAAGGACUUCAGAACUCUUCAAACACAUUACAAGAGAAAACAUGGUGUGAAACCCUACAGGUGCAGAAAGUGUGACAAAGCGUUUGCAGUGAAAGGUGAUUGGCGGACACAUGAGAAAAACUGUGGCAAAAUAUGGUACUGUUUAUGUGGAUCUGAUUUUAAACACAAAAGAUCUCUAAAAGAUCACAUAAAGGCCUUUGGCCAUGGCCACGGAGCUAUUGACAUUGAUUGCAUGCAAGAAGAUGAAGCGGCCUCCGAAAUUGAUGAACAUGAUAGGGAUAGCUCAAUGUGAAAUUAAUAAGAUGGAAAACAAAAAGUUGAAGUUUUCAUCAUGUAGUUAAUUACACAAACAUAUAUAUGCUUAAUUAUAAUA